AUGGAGGGCGAUUACUAUAGCCGACCCGUCGUACAGCGUGCCCGGUCACACUCUGAUGGAGUCGUCCCGCCUGCCUCCGGCGAUGUUACUCCUCGUCCACCCCAUCGCCAUGCCGGACUACACGCGCUGCAUCCUACGGGAUCUGUCCCCCAAGACGAUCCUACAACGACUAAACCCUCGUCCUCCCUAGAACGAGUAGAGAAAGCAGCGGCAGACAAGAUUCACCGAAUACACCUGCCAGGCACCGGCAGACAUAAUACACAGCGCAGCUCCCUGGACGGGGUUGAAAGCAGCGAUACGAACACCAGCACCACUCGCCGUCGCAGCAAACUACACCGAUACACCCAAUCCCUCGCCGACCAUCACCACCAUACAAAUUCUCAUGCCCACCACAACGCCGCUGCUGCCGCCAUGUACGCUCGCCACCGCAAAGACCUCAGCGCCGACCCCACAGGCCACGACUCCCUCCCCAAUCUCGUCGCCGGCCUCAACGCCGAACGCAAUCGCGCCGCCGCCGUACAACACCGCACCUCCCCAGCCGACACCAAUUCCGCAACUAGCACCACAGCCGCCCCCUCCCUCGACCGCGCCAUGUCCCACCGCUCUGCCUACCGCGGUCUCGCUGCAGUCGACCCUCUCGCGCACGACCUACACUCCGUCUCUUCUCGCCCCACAGACUACCUCCGGCGCCGCGCCACCUCCGACCCUCGCGCCCCAUCUGGACCGACCUACUCCACCUUUAACACGACAUCCAACCCGCAACUCCGCCGCCAAACCUCCCUCGAAGCCGCCCUCGACCGCGCCGACCGCCUCGCCCGCCAACGCCGCUUCACCAUCACGCCCUCCACCAUCCAGCACACCGACUCCCUUAUCACCGCCGCAGAAGACGAGUUGCGCGAGUCUUUGCAGCAGAUCCACCACACCGGCACCGAACUCACCCGUCGACUAGACUACGGGUUCUACAACCUCCUCGAAAAAGUCGGCGGGUUGGCGUCCGUCAUCCAAUCGUUUCAAAGUCUAGCCUCCCAAUCCCGACAACUGAUCAGCAAUUUAGAGAGCGAGGCGCAGAAGACGGACAAUCAUAUCCGGCAGCGCGCGAGGAUGUUACAGGAGGGGUUUGAGGAUAGGGAGAGGACGGUGGUGGCGUUGGAGGAGCGGCAGAGGAAAGUGCAGGCGAAGGCGAGGGCUCUGGGGGAGAGGUUGGAGAGGGCGCAGGCGCGGGUGGUGAGGUGGGAGAGGGAGCAGAGUGAACGGCAGGCUGUUUGGGGGAGUGUGUCUGGUGGUAUUAGUGAAGGGGAUCGUGUGGAGAGCCACGCCGUCGUUGGCGGGAUUGGGAAUCAGAGUGGAUUAGUCAAGGAUGGUGUUAAUGCGAUUCUCGAUGAGGUUGCGCCAGGGUUGGCAGUUAUACCUACACUUGGAAGGGCAAACGGUACAGGGAAACGAGAACAGCUAGAAGAGCUCAGAGACGCGGCAAUGGAAAGGGUGCCUGCGGAUGUCAAAAGCAUCUUGCUUGAGAUUGGGGACAGGAGCAAGCGGAAAGAAAAGCACGAGCAUGGCAGUGGGGAGGACUCCAGAGGCACCGUUGGAGGGGAUAUACAUGCUGAGAAGCAGCCGCCGCCCCUGAGAGUACUUGAUGAGUUAUGA